AUGGGUCUAUUAACUAAAGGCCAAGCUUUGACCUGGGAAGAAACGAAAAAACAUGCAGCAUUCAUUCGAGCGCAUGGUGUUAAACAAUUCAUUCAUAAUUUCAAAAAAGUUAACGAUCGUCGUAAUGAUUGUUUGAAAUGGGGUGACGAGGUUGAAUUUAUGAUUGUCCGAUUUGAUCAUAAAAAUAAAAGAGUGCAGCUAGCCUUGAAAGCCCACGAUAUUUUACCUACACUUAUGCAACCAGAAGAUGAAAAUCCAGAGUAA